AUGCCUGGUGGAGUCAAACAAAGAAAGUUAUCUCAUCCGGAUAAAGAGGCAAAAGCUCUUUGUCAUCUUCUGGAGUUGAUUAGUACACCUUCAAGCAAACAAAAGCUGACAUCUCCAAAGCAUGCAUUUUCAAAAGUGUUACCAGCCUCAGGUGAUACAGCACUCACAUCCAAGGUGGAGUCAAAUCACAACCAGACACAGGAAACACUGGAGCUGGAAAGAUUUAGUCUGAAGUACAAAGACCAAAGAGAAUUCAGCACUCAUCCGCACCACAAACCAUUUGUUCAGAUCUGUAUAGCCUUGACAAAGAACCGUCUUUGUUUACAAGAAUGGCUUACCAAGGCAUCUCAAGAAAACAUUUUGAGGGUUCUGAUGUGUUUGAGAAUUCUACUUAGGGACUCCCAUUACCAAACAUUAUUCUUCAACACUCAGGGCACCAGAUCUUUGGCUGAGUAUUUUCAAAGAAUCACAGAUGAAUAUUUGUUAAGCACAGUUGGUCCAUAUACAGUGGAUAUUCUCAAAGAGAUGACAAAUAUCUUUCAGAAGUUAACAUCGUCAGUGGAUAGAUGUGAUAUUCUAGUACAGUGUGAAGUUCAUAUGCCUCUUGUUCGACUGCUGACAGCUUCAGAUGUCGUUGUACUUCACUGCUGCCUGUAUGCUCUUAUUGGAUUGGCACAAAGUGAAAGUCCUAAAUCACAAAUUGGGGAACUGAAUGCUGUGGAAAUCUUGUUAAGAAUCAUUCAAGAAUAUGACACCAUUUCUAAAAAACUUGCUGCAAACUUACUGAGGUUGUUGUGCUCAGACCCAAAGACUAGGGAAUAUGUCAAACUGGAGGAUGGAGUACCCAUCUUGCUCAGGUCAGUGGUCUUUAUUAUAUAUUUGAAUUGA